UUUUCAACAACUUUACGUCACAAACAAUUGCAAGCGAUAGUUCAAGUGAUUGCCUGUACGCCUAACAAAAUUAUAAAAUUGUGUCAUAUUACACAACGUGAGUUAACUAGUUUGUUAGUGAAACUAAAACAGUUUUAAGUGUUUACAUACUUGAGGAAAGUGUAUUCAUCGAUUUCCGUAGACAAACCUGAUCAAUCGGACAUGUGUGUGGCAAAGUUCAACGACAAAUGCAAAAUGAUCAACAGAAGCAAACUUGGACGUGCCGUGCACGGAAUGUUGACCCGAGCAAAGGUCGAAAAGAGGUUGAUAUCUGGACUUCUGCCGGCUAUCGCUUACCUUGAGAAAUCACCGGAGGAUGUUGUAAUUUGCGUGCUUCCCCAAUCUCGACCAGGAGAUGCUACGACCCAUAUCCAAACAGUAUUGCUACAAGCGUUUUGUUACGAGAAUUAUAUUCCUGUUAUACAGGUUGACAGUAGCGAAAAAUUGGAUUCCUACUGCGGAGAGCAAACCAAAGGAAGCAUUUCUGGGUGCAACUGUGUUUUGAUAACCAAAGAUCCCAGCAUGCCAGUCACUCCAGAAGAAGAUAUUCCAAUGUCUCCAACAGAACAGAUUCUGGCAGAUUUCUAUGAGUGUACUCUUGAAGAAUUUCCCAGACCUGUCAUUGAGUUGCCAAGUUGAAUGGAUCCAUUGAAUGUGAUGGAAAUGCGUGAAGCGUAAUCCAGAGUUUGUGAUUAACGAAGAAAUUGCAGGACUGGUCAUAGAAUUUUUCAUUAUGCAGUCCUGGAAUUGGGCGUAUGAUAUGAUGCCAGAUGAGCCAUUUUGCAUGGUAUCAAGAUAUAAAGUAUGGUAUUCUGAGAUAUAGUUUAGUUUGUUGAUAAAGUUUUUGUUAUUGCACCCACUAAGCUAAACAAUGGCAAAAGUGGCUAUUAUUGUAGUCUCUUUAAAAUUUGUGAGCUGUGAAUAGGUUUGUUUAUCUGAAUAGAAAAUAGAAAGUUGUUUUUGUAUUUUACUGACUGAGAAAGCAUUCCAGUAUUUUAAGGUAAUUUGUAAUUGUAAUUAUAUUUGUGAUUUUUUUGUUUUGAUCAGAUGAGAAUUGUUGUGAUUUACAAACAUAUUUGUAAAGACAUUGUUGAUGGGAUGAAUAAAUUGUAUUUACAUGAA